AUGUCUCCAGUUCAUUCAUUACUUUGGCGCUCUCUUCGAGUUUAUCAAGUUUAUGGAGCCAACACUGAUGUCGGGAAGACCAUCAUCACUACCCUUCUCUGCAAGGCCGCGACUAAAUCAGGACGGGUGGCUUACCUGAAGCCUGUGUCGACGGGUUCGCAAGAAGAGGCCGAUGACCGUCAUAUUGAAAAAUAUGCCCCAGACGUUAUUCGAAAGACCUUGUUCCAGUAUGAACUUGCGAUGAGCCCGCAUGCUGCUGCGAAAGGCAAGUUAGUACCUACAGACAAAGAGCUCCUUUCUAAGAUAUAUGAUUUUGCAUCCGAGGAAGCAAAACAAGACGCUGGUUGGCUUUUCAUCGAAACAGCUGGUGGUGUCCAUUCUCCGGGCCCGUCGGGGACAACGCAAGCAGACUUGUAUACGCCCCUGCGAUGCCCUAUCAUUCUCAUCGCUGAUGCUAAGCUCGGUGGUAUUUCGUUAUCUGUUUCUGCAUUCGAAUCCUUGAGACUUCGCGGCUAUGAUGUCCAGGCAAUUCUGGUAUUCCAAGAUGCCAAAUACGAUAAUGAGCAGUAUUUGAGGGAUUACUUCACAAGUAGAUAUGGCAUUUUCUUUGCAUCUUUGCCAACACCUCCGCACAAAGUAGAUGACGCCGACGUAGAUGCGGAGAAGUUAUCGCUGUAUUACAAGGAAGUGGGCGAAAGUAAAAUCUUCGCCCAAAUCCUUAAACAGUUGAGGAGCAAGCACGGAAGACGCGUUGCAGGACUCACGUCCAUGCGCCGCCAAGCAGAUAAAUCAAUAUGGUAUCCUUUCACGCAGCACAAGCUCUUGUCGCCAAAAGACAUUGUCGUAAUCGACAGCGCUCAAGGUGAUUUCUUCCAGACGCUCGCGCCCGAGGGGGAUGAGAAACAACCUAUUUUGCAGCCUUCUUUCGACGGUUCCGCAUCGUGGUGGACCCAGGGACUUGGUCAUGGUAGCCCUUCACUUGCGCUUGCCGCGGCCUAUGCAGCGGGUCGUUAUGGUCACGUUAUGUUUGCCGGUGCCAUCCACGAACCCGCCUUGGCUUUAGCGAAUACUCUCCUACAAAAUAUGGAGAACCCUCGGCUUAGCCGUGUAUUCUACUCGGAUGACGGUAGUACGGCUGUAGAGGUGGCGGUAAAAAUGGCUCUGCGGGCGGCUCGACUCCGAUAUGGCUGGGCUUCAAGUACGGAAAUUGGGAUCAUUGGUCUAAAAGGCGGAUACCAUGGCGACACGAUUGGUGCCAUGGAUUGCGCCGAGCCAAGUACCUUCAAUGAAAACAUUGAGUGGUACAGCGGGAGGGGCAUCUGGUUUGAUUACCCCAGCGUGAAAUGCAUCAACGGCCGAUGGGUGAUUGAGAUGCCUGAUACGUUAAGAGCAGAUCUAGGGGACGACCAAGUAUUCGAAAGCCUCUCUGAUGUCUUCGAUAUCGAAGCUCGCGAAUCAAAGAAGGGACAAGAAGUGUAUGAAAAGUAUAUCGAGAAGAUACUUGUUUAUCAUUUGAGCAAUGGCCGAAAGUUUGGCGCCUUGCUCAUGGAACCUAUCGUCAUUGGGGCGGGAGGCAUGGACUUGGUAGACCCCCUUUUCCAACGUGCUCUUGUCACUGUAGUACGUCGUUCGGCAAACCUCUUUGGCUCAUGCCAAGAAAGUGACACCUCCAACCCCACAUGUUGGACCGGGCUUCCCGUUAUAUUCGACGAAGUCUUCACGGGGUUGUAUCGUCUGGGGAGGUUUACCGCUUCGUCGUUUCUUAAAACCGACCCCGAUAUCUCUGUUCACGCUAAACUGUUGACCGGUGGCCUAGUGCCACUCAGUGUUACGCUAGCAUCAGAGAAUAUAUUUGACGCUUUUAAAAGCGAUGACAAGGCUGAUGCUUUGCUUCAUGGGCACAGCUACACGGCACAUCCUAUCGGCUGCCAGGUUGCUCUUGAGUCCUUGACUCAGCUGCGGAGGAUGGAAAUGCGAGGAGAAUGGGAUUGGGCAAAAGAUGCUGACUGGUCAGGAUCUCCUAGUAGCCAGUCUAGCGCAGCACAGACUGCCAUGUGGUCCAUAUGGCCAUCGCAUAUGUUGAACUGGAUCUCGAAUCAGACACAACUGGUAGCGGGAACGUGGGCUUUGGGUAGCAUUCUUUCCAUUCACAUGAAGACAACAGAUGGCCAAGGCUACAAGAGCAACGCUGCGCUCAAGUUACAAAGCAGUCUGCUUGAAGGUGACAGGGAGAAGCUGUGGAAUAUCCACAGUCGGGUUCUAGGCAAUGUUCUCUAUCUUAUGGGAAGCCAGAAGACAACAAAGGAUGACGUCGUGGAGAUAGUGAAGCAGGUUGAACGUGCAUUGUCAACUUAG